AUGGGCCAGACGGCAUCCGUCCCACAGCCUGGAACAAAGUUCCAAGUCAUCGGUGCCGGCCUACCGCGAACUGGAACAGCGUCAUUUAGCAGAGCGUUGGAAAUUCUUUUUGACGCUCCAGUGUUCCAUUGCGGGACCCAGGCCACGCUCGGCCCUACCAGCCAAAUCAAACGAUGGAAGAAAAUCCUACGAUGCUGGCUGGCCGGUGCAGACUCCGAUAAGCAGGCCAUGUUUGAAGUGCUGCACCAACAGAUGGAUGGCUAUUCUGCAAUUACUGAUUCCCCGGGGUCCCAAUUUGUGCCGGAACUCAUGGAGUUGUACCCCGAUGCGAAGGUGGUUUGCACCAUUCGCGACCCAGUUGCAUGGGAGAAAAGCAUGGACCAAGUUCGAGGACAAACGGUGCCCUGGUGGCUCCCCAUUGUUCUCCUCCCUCUUCCUGGCUUAACUCACUUCAUCCCAUAUCUCUACCUGCUAGCGGCCCAGUAUGAGAGACUCUACGAAGAAAAAAUACCCACGCGCGAGACCUAUCACCGCCACAUUGCCUGGCUCCAGAAGGUGGUUCCGGAAGACCGGCUGUUGCUCUUCGAUGUGAAGGAAGGUUGGGAGCCUCUAUGUAAAGCUCUUGGUAAAGACAUCCCUGAGGAUCAGCCCUUCCCUCAUGUGAACGAUUCCGAUGCCAUGCUUGAGAUCUCCAGGAUACAUGUUCGGCGGGGCUUAACCCACUGGGCUGUGAUUCUUGCCGUCGGUGCUGCAGCAGUUGCGUGGACUGCACGCCGUUAA